GCGAAACUUAUGAUUUCAUUGAACAUGCUUUUUACUUUUCAAAGUUACAUUGCGAUGACAGAAGUUUUCGGUAGUGGUAUUCUUUAGCGAUUUGCGAUGUUCCAAUUUCGAGUAUUAAAAUUUGCUUGAAUCCAGAUAAUUUUAUAAUUUCUUUGUAGAAUUUUUAUGAAUUCUCUAUUGGGUAUAAUACUAUUAAUCACGUAAUAAGUGAAGAUGGCAAUUUUAUCUACAAUUUAAUUUUAAAUUAAUAUAUUCUUAUUAAUAGUGUUAUAAAGUGAAACUAUAUUCUAAUUAGUAGUGUUAUAAAGUAAAAUUGUUCUUUAUUAAAUUGUGAAGAUCUUUUUUUUCUUUGAAAAAAAUUGUGUUUAUCAUUGGAAAAUUUGGAUGAACUUGGAACUCCUAGUAGUAUUGCAAUUAAAUAGAAAUGAAUUUACCAAUUAACCCAAAGCCUUUUUUAAAUAGUCUUACUGGAAAACCAGUUUUUGUAAAGCUCAAAUGGGGAAUGGAAUAUAAAGGUUACCUUGUGUCAGUUGAUGGCUAUAUGAAUUUACAGCUUGCUAAUACUGAGGAAUUCAUUGAUGGGGCAAAUAAAGGAAAUCUGGGUGAAGUUCUUAUUCGAUGCAAUAACAUUUUGUACAUUCGUGGUGUGGAUGAAGAAGAAGAAGAUGGAGAAAUGAAGGAAUAAUACCAUUUUUUAUGUAACUUAUCGCUUUUUGUACAGAGUAAUUCAUUGGUACAACACUGUAAAUUCUAUAACACAUGUAAUCUUUUGAUACUGAAAAACUGUAGUCUUGUCAUUAAAUUUUAUUGAUAUAAAUAUCAAAAAA